AUGCAAGCAUCUGAAAUUAAAAAUGGAAUUAAUUCGGAUGGUGAAAGAAGAAAGGAGAGAAGAUAUAGGUCAUUCUUUAAUAAAGAAAGCGGUAAGAAAGAGUACGAUCCAUGUUCUGCUUGUGCAGGAAGUCAUCCAAUUUGGAAAUGUGACUCUUUCUGAAGUCAAGCUAUUGAUGAGAAAUGGAAAAUUGCGAGAAGAGUUGGGCUGUGUUACAGAUGCCUCGGGAAAGAUCAUUUGGGGAGUUCGUGUACAAGAAGUCGACAGUGUAAUAUUAAUGGUUGCAAGGAAACCCACCAUCGUUUACUCCAUGGACAAAGAAGAGUUAAUACCAAAGGUCCUAAUCAAGAUAGCAAUGUUGCGGAAAAACCUCCCAUGAAACAAAUGGAUCCAGAAAAGAAAAAUCUUCAAGAACAGGCUCUUGGCACGGAGGGGGAUGGCAAUACACAAGCUACUACCAUGAAAACCAGCACAGAUCAUGAUACCAGGAAGAUAGCACUGCGCACGAUCCCAGUUAUUUUAAAGAAUGGAACACGGAAAGUUAAUGUAAACUGUCUGUUGGAUGAAGGAAGUGACACUACUUACAUCAAUGAGGAUGUUAUAGAAGAACUAGGUUUAACCGGAGUGAAAGAAAAAAUCGAAGUCAAGGUAGCAAAUGACCAGACAAUUAGUUUUAUGUCGAACACGUUUACGAUUGGGCUGGAAAGCAUGGACGGAAGAGUAGAUACAGAAAUUAUGGCAAAAACCUCGGGAAAGAUCUUUGGGGGAAUGAAAGCUGUUAACUGGUUAACCAUAAAACAAAAUUGGAAUCACCUAAAAAAGAUCCCAUUCCCAAAGUUAGCGAAAGGAAAUCAGAUCGAUGUCCUUUUGGGAGCAGACCACUAUGAAUUAAUGUAUUCAAUGAAAGAGAUUGUCGGUAAUAAAGACGAUCCAGUUGCUAGACUUUGUCCUUUAGGAUGGACGGCGGUAGGUAAAAUAGAGCAACGAAGUAAUGUUGGGCCCACAUCAUCACACUGGAUUUAGUCAUACUUUCCGAAUCCACGUAGAGGAAGCAACGACAAAUGAUGUUCCAAAUGAAUGCUCAGACCUAAAUUCCACCCUCAAACGUUUUUGGGAUCUAGAAAGCGUCGGAAUAACCCCCACCAGAGAAUCACUAAUGACGCCCAAAGAGAAGUUAGCAUGGGGAAAGGUGAGUCAAUCAAUGAAAUUUGAUGGUAAGCACUACAAGGUUGCGGUGCCUUGGAAGGAAGACCGUCCUAACCUUCCUACCAAUGGCCAAGCAGAGAUUGUUGUCCACGGAGAAAAAGCUGUUGAAAUAUAAAGAAGUAGCUCUGGCCUACCAACAAGUAUUGAAUGGAUAUCUUGAAAAACAAUACAUUCGUCGAGUACCGAAAGAUGAAGAAAAGCCUCAGCAGGAAUGGCUUCUUCCCCAUUUUCCCGUAGUACGGCCUGAGAGAGCUAGUACCAAAGUAAGAAUAGUUUUCGAUGGUUCAGCACCUUAUGAAGGCAAGAGUCUCAACACCGAAGCGUUACCUGGUCCUAAGUUACAAAGUAAUGUUUUCGAUAUCUUAGUCAAGUUUAGAAAAGAAACUGUGGCGCUUGCUGGUGAUCGAUAUAAGUCAGAUGUACCAUCAACUAGUUUUGCGCGAAGAAGAUCGACCAUUACAUCGAUUUCUAUGGAGGGACUUAGAUCUAUCCAAAGAGCCAGAAGUAUAUGAAUUUCUGAGAUUCGUUUUCGGAGGAUGUUACUGUCCCUUUUGUGCACAAUAUACUUGGCAGAAACACGCUCAAAAUCACAAAGAAGAGUAUCCCUUGGCGGCCAACGCGGUUGAAAAACACUGUUAUAUGGAUAACGUAAUGCCUUCUGUAGAUUCGGUCGAAACUGCAAAAGGAACACGGCGACAGUUGUCCGAAAUGGGAGACAAAGCUGGUUUCCACGUAUGUAAAUGGGUGUCCAAUCGUAAAGAAGUCUUGGAAGAUAUUCCCGCCAAAGAUUGUUCGUCCAAUGUUAGUUUAGAGAAGAAUGAACUGCCAACAACGAAAACUUUAGGCAUUCGAUGGGACGCAGGAGACGACGAGUUUCUGUUUGACUACUCCUCCCCAACUGAUGAUUUCCACUACACGAAACGAAAUGUACUGAAGAAAACGGCUUCACUAUUUGAUCCACUUGGUUUUCUCUCGCCUUUUAUUAUCAAAGCAAAGCUCUACCUGCAACAAACCUGGUUGGAAGCCCUAGAUUGGGAUGAUGAAUUACCUGACAAACUUAAAAACGAAUGGGAAAACUGGUUUAACGAAUUGGACCUUCUUCAAGAGAUCAAGAUACCACGGUGUUUAAAGAAUAGUAAUCUAGUAACCAGCGUUACACUACACAGUUUUUUGGAUGCAUCAGAGAAAGCAUACGCGGCAGUUGUUUACGCGAGACACGAGUAUGAAGAUAAAUCCGUUACAACACCGUUGAUAGCCUCGAAGACAAGACUGUCACCACUAAAAGCUAUAAGUAUACCACGACUAGAACUAAUGGGGGCGCUGAUUGGAGUUCGCUUAACCAAACAAGUCUCUACAGCUUUAGAAAUUCCUGUGAAAGAUGCAAUCUUUUGGGUGGAUAGUAUGAACGUGCUCCACUGGAUACACGGACGAAGUCGAGAUUAUAAGCCUUUCGUUGCACAUCGAGUUGGAGAGAUCCAUGACGAAUCGUGUCCUGACCAAUGGAAGCAUGUUCCAACGGAGUUAAAUCCUGCAGAUUAUGGUUCGCGAGGAAUGAAUGUCAGCGAGAUGAAAAACAGUCAGCAGUGGUGGUUUGGCCCGAAAUUUCUGAAGAAAUCUAAAGAUGCAUGGCCUGAAGAAAAGAUCGAAAUAGAACUCAACUCAGUAAAGUGCAAAGAGUUGAAAGUCGAAGCACGAAAACAAGAGAGUGUGUCUACAAAUGACCAGUCCUCAAGUUUCAAUACAACGUAUGGAUCCUUUACGAUAUUCGAAGUGGUACAGAGUAAACAAUGAGAACAGGUUUGAAUUUAGGCUUUCGUUAGUACGAGUACGUUCGUGGGUCCACAGAUUCAUCAAUAACUGCCGUAGAUCAAGGGAAGAACGCACUCAUGGAGAACUCACAGCAGAUGAGGUACGCAGCACAGAAGAAAACAUUAUUCAAAAAGCACAGUACGAAAGUUAUCCUGACGAGGUUGAAGCUUUGAAGCAAAAUAGAAAUCUACCAAAAAUAGCUCUAUCCUUACGUUAA